AUGGAGGAUACUCAAUCGUCUCGCUUGAUCGAAACCACGGAUACCAUGAAAAUCACUCUCAACCAUGUUGACGGACAGACCAUCGUUAAUUGGGAGGACAUUGAGCAAGUCUUUCCUGGAGUUAAGCGCAUUAGCAAUGGCUAUUCGGUGAUCAAAUUUCUUCGGGGUUUAGAUCAAGGCAUCCUGGACGUUAUUUUGUCUACCUCUGUCCAACCUGUUCUUGCCAACCCUGCUAAGUUUGAUCCAGUCGGUGGUGAAACUAAUGCUCCAGUCGGUGUUCCGGUUAAUAACAACGUCACUGUUGCUUUCAGGGCUACCCCGCCUAUACCAGAGACGCCCGUCAGCGACAUUGGCCUUCUUGACACACCAUUAAGUCCAUCGUCUACCAUCGGUGCUGUUUCCAAGGCAACAUUGUUCCAGCAGAUUGUGAUACGCGCGUCUAGGAAGGCACGCGAAUCUGAGGUCGAGCAGCGAUUUAUCUCCCUCCUGGACCCUGAACUCCAAAGAACAGUUCGAGACUCGCCGGACAUCUACCAGGCAUUUGCCAAGGCUAUCAAGUACGGUAACGGGGGGCUUAGUCGAGCAGAGCUUAAGCAAGAAAUGGGUGGGCACUUUCAGAAGCUGGAGGCUAUGAUGGACAUGAACUUAAAGUUUCAGGAAGCAAUGCUUGCUAAGCAGGAUGAAGUGAAGCAGCUGCAGGAUCAUGUCAUCAGAAACCAAGAAGAGAUGAGGCAGCUGCAGGAGCAAGUCCUUAGCAACCAAGAAGAGAUGAAGCAACUGCAGCAGCGAGCUCUUGAGCAGUUAGCCGUGCUCCAGUCUCGUGUGCGAGCCGUCCUAACUCAGACCUACGAACUCCACGAGUACCCGAUCCCUCGUCUUUUCGUUGUCCUUCCUCAAGACCCUUCAGGUUGGGAUGCCGUAAACCCUUUCUUGAACAAGUUCCGUCUCUACUUUUUAUGCGAGUGCGGAGAACACACCAAGUCGAUCGACUGCAAGACCGAGAUCUCUCAUGAUAUCCACAUUGCUAAGCAUGAAGGCUAUGAUAUUGCUCGACCUUCAGAGUUUUUUCAGCAAUACGGCCUCUAUGUCCUCACUAUCCUCAAGAUGCUCAAGUUCGGUGUUUCGGUUGCCGGAGUAGCUAUACCAGCUAUCUCUCACCUGGUCAGAUCGGACGCCAUCGAUCAAGCUACUGCCAGUCUACAACAGUUGAGGGACAACAUUGAGCCUGGAAUGGAUCAUGUCAUAGGCUGGAUAGACAAGGUCUCUGUGGAUGAAGGCGAGGCAGUUGAUGAGUUUUCUAAGCAGAUGGAAAAGAAGGAGGCAUUGGAAGGCGCCGAUCUACGCAAGCUGGUCACCUUUCUGAAGGACAUGGACGGCAAUAAGGUGUUGGGGAACCUGUACAGGACCGUUACGGACGAGGGACAUGUCAAAUGGGUUUGCAUUGACCACUACCGCAUGAACUAUCUAGAAAACUCGGCCAAGGAGUUCCAGCGCGUGUUAGGUUUCGUCGGAGGAUCGUUUAGUGAAAACGUCGGUAGGGUUGACGUGAGACUCCAGUCGAGAGAGUUGGCAGAUACGUUCUUUUCGGCACUGGGAAAGGCGAGAUCUGUCUACGAGCUCGAUAUUGGCUGGAACUGCGCCUGCUCUACAAGUGAUCUUGAAGCACUGGAGGAUGCGCUCAAGAAAUCAAGAGUAUCAAUUCUUCGACUGGAUCUUCAACAAUUUCGGACGGGCGCCGUCAGGAAAAUAAUGUUGGCAUCCUCACCAUAUGACGUCAUUUACCGCAUCAGAGAUCUUCCUAAUAUGAAAGUGCUUCAUAUCCUUCUUUCAAAGGACCUCGUCAACUUUCUUGGAUUUCCACCCAAAAAAUCAAAUCAUAUUUGCAAGAUGUCCUGCGAGCUGGCAUCUACAAUGAUUGGAGGAAAGGAUAUUGGAAUGCUAGCUAAUGCACUCAAGACCAACUCGACCCUGACCACUUUGGACUUGGGGAGCAAAUCGAUCGGAGACAACGGAGCCAAGGCGCUGGCUGACGCACUCAAGGCCAACUUGACCCUGACCACUUUGGACUUGAGGAGCAACUCGAUCGGAGACAAUGGAGCCAAGGCGCUGGCUAGGGCACUCAAGACUAACUCGGCCCUGACCACUUUGAUCUUGGGGAACAACCCGAUCGAAUCCGACGGAGCCAAGACGCUGGCUGAGGCACUCAAGAUCAACUCGACCUUGACCACUUUGGUCUUAUUCAACAACCUGUUCGGAUCCGACGGAGCCAAGGCGCUGGCUGAGGCACUCAAGACCAACUCGACCUUAACCACUUUGGACUUGCAGAACUGCCAGAUCGGAUCCGACGGAUCCAAGGCGCUGGCUGAGGCACUCAAGACCAACUCGACCCUGGCCACUUUGGACUUGCAGAAUAAUCUGAUGGGAUCCAGCGGAGCCAAGGCGCUGGCUGAAGUACUCAAGGCCAACUCGACCCUGACCACUUUGGAUUUGUGA